AUGACCAACCGUCGCGUCCCUUUGGCCACACUCCAGAACGCAGCAAAUUCCCCGUUACGCGCCCCUGCCGCAGGAACAAAGAGACAGCGCUCGCAUGCCAGCGAACAACGGGACCUUCCCUACGGACAGCCUCCCCCGAAGAAGCAGGUAGUCGAGGUGGACGACGCGGAAGCUCGACGAUAUGGUCUCCCUCGCCGAAGCGGGGCCACACCCACGACCCUCCAAAAGAAGCUCGAAGCUGCUCGAGAUACCAAAGCUCUAUCGAAGCAUACCCGGACGCUGAGUGAGAAUCUGGAGACCAUUCGACAAUGGCAACGGCACUAUCGCAAGAUGUUCCCGAGCUUCGUUUUCUAUUUCGAAAGCAUACCGGAUGAGGUAAAGGGAAAGGUCCUUCGGCAGGUUCUCGCUCUGGGUGCUCGCGAGGUGAAGUUCUUCUCUCGAGAAGCUACACAUGUCAUCACGACGCGGCCAAUCCCUCCUGAGCUCGACACUAGCUCCUCCUCCAAUACAAAAGGCACCAUCAAUCCUGCGCAGCUUGAAAACAAGAGGUCCGUAUUCGAUACCGCUCUCCAGAAGACGAGCAAUGUGGACAUCCUGCACAAGGCACGCGAGAUGGGAAUGAAGAUCUGGUCGGCGGAAAAGCUUCAACGCAUGCUGGACACCAUGUUCAAUACCAACACUGGGGAGCAGCCGCCGGAUUAUACGACGAGGAACGCUGUGAGCCAGAGUCGGUCGACGCGUCAAACUGACCUUGGAAAGCUACUGCAAAAUGAAAGGCUGAAUGGCCCCUUGGACCGCGAUUACUCCGUCGCUACUCAGGACGUAAUCCAACUGCGCGGAUACUACAUAUAUGUCCACGACAUGGAUGAAGUGACACGACCCGUAAUGGUUCGAGAAUAUCCCAAAGUCUCUAAAAAAGAAGAUGGGAAAUGGCCCCAAUUCCGAGUAUCAGGUGCCGGAAAGUGUCCGUUCGUGUUGGAUCUCAAUCAUCUGCGAAGGCAGCAAGAGCUGGAUCAGGUCGAAAAGGCCAGGACUCUGAGGACGGUGGCUCCUCGCACCCGUGCCGCGGCCGCUUUGGAGGAGAAGCGCGCUCUCUGUGAGAAUAAUAACCUCGCAAGACCCGUCGGAGGAAGGAACCAAGCUCCUGUGGAAGAUCAUGCUAAGCCCCUGGAUCCCCCGAAGAUGGUCGCUGCCAAAAGAACGAACACGGACAGCAUGCCCCCGCUCUUUGGCAGCGCACAGGCGAAUAUUCGCGCCAUACCGAGGCUCGUUGGUGGAGAGCCUGUCGCGUCUGGGAUCCAGCCAUCCAACGUUACAUCUGCCAUUCAGUCACAGAUGAUUUCGUCUACUGCUGCUGCCCCUGGCGCACGAGCUGGGAAUAGCCGGGAGGUUAAUCAAUUGAAGAGAAAGAUACUCGAGAAAGGUAACGGCUCAACCGUCUUGGAAUCCCUAAGAGCUUCGGUGAGCGUCGAUGUGGUUCCACAGCGAGCGGCAAAGCGAAAGGCCCAAGAUGCGCUGGGCUACACCAGAGAGGUGAUGCCCACGAUAGAAGAGAAACAGGCCCGCAAGAUUGCAAUCGCUCGCCGUCGCAAAGCUGCCGAAAAGGAACUCAAACCCGGGUACUGCGAGAAUUGCAGGGAAAAAUUCGAUGAUUUCGAUGAACACAUCGUGUCACGCAAACAUCGCAAGUUCGCCCAAACGGCAGAUAACUGGCUGGAAUUGGACCAGCUUCUGGCCCAGCUUGCUCGCCAAUGA